AGUCAAGGAAAUGUAGUUAAAGUCAGUCCCGGCGAGUGCAAAAAGUGGACAACCUGUAGGGGAAAAUGAAGAUAUGACGCUAUCACGCAAAGAAUGCGGGUCAGCUGGGUGAGAGACGAGUUGUACUGCUCGAGUGUAGGUUAAGGUCAGCGCGCCCUUCCAAUUUUGGCGGCGCAGAGCAAACCUUGGAAAGACCACCGGCCACUAGUCAACCGAGGGUCUCAAGCAUAACUUCUUAUGUCAGUUGCAGCCCUGACCCGACUCAAUUUCCUCAUCUCCCCGAAAACAAGUCUCAACGACCAUCGCUUCUUCUGGACUUACCGGCCGAGCUUCGCAACAUGAUCUACCAACUUUCUCUCACCCACUCAAAGCCGCUGCAUUGCCGCAUGCUUAAGGACGGUGAAGACAAGCCGUACCUCUACCAUCGCGAGGCACCUUACCACCAGGGGGAUGACGAGAAGCUUGUCGAAUACAACCAGCUCAAGUAUGUCAACAAGCAGUUGUAUGCAGCGACUGCUGGUUUGGAGCUCAAGUUCAACGACGUCACAUUCUCUGAGGGCUCGGGACAUGAGUCUCCGUCCGACAUACUGACUGCCUGGGUGUCGUCGAUAUCUAUUGCCAAAAGGUCCUGGAUUAAGACCAUCAGCAUCAGAUGCGACAAGAAGGAUGAUCAGAAGUGCUUCGAUGGUGAGAGCGUGGAGUCUGUCGCACGCCUCACCCGACUCUGCAACGACAUCCCCCCUAAUGAGACUCAAGCGUUACAAGCCUUUCUGGACUCUCGCCAAUUGCCAGGAAUAUGACGUUAUCUACUUCUUUGUGGUUGUUCUCUCCCUUAGUCAUGCAUACCGUGGCGAAAGCAGCAAAUACUUUCUCUUCGAUGCAUCCGAACAUGCCAAGUUGGAGGAAUGCGGAGAGUGUUGGAGAAACAC